GACUCCAAGAUGGCGUCAGUUGUACCGCUGAAGGACAGGAGGCUGCUGGAGGUCAAAUUAGGGGAGCUGCCAAGCUGGAUACUGAUGCGGGAUUUCACCCCUUCGGGCAUUGCCGGAGCAUUUCAAAGAGGUUACUACCGCUAUUACAACAAGUACGUCAACGUGAAGAAAGGCAGCGUCGCCGGGCUGUCUAUGGUGCUGGCAGCUUACGUGGUUUUCAACUACUGCCGUUCUUACAAGGAGCUCAAACAUGAGCGGCUGCGCAAAUACCACUGAAGAUGGCGCCCUCUGCAUUCCUGACCGGGACCUUUGCCUGGCACCCUGAAUCCUUUCUUAUCCUAACGGAGCGUUAACACCCAAUAAAAGAUGAUUGGUACGUGGACUG